AUGGUGAAACAGGUUGGUAAAAGAAAAAUUCCCAAGGUAGAAAAUCUCGAUUUGGAAACAGAUGAUCUCGAUCUGUGGAAUAAAAACCUGAGUGAUGUCGAAAAUGAACAGACGGACUCAUCAGAAAGCGAGUCUGAAGAAAGUGUGUAUUCUGGAUUGGAAGAAGAAGAAAGUUCAGAGGUUGAAAGUGAUGAAUCCAGUGACAAAGGUGACCCUUCAGGGAGUGAUGGCAGCAACGAGGAGGAGGAGGAGGAGGAGGAUAAGGACUUGGAAGAAAUAGCUUUUGUCAAUGGAACAUCUGAGAAUGAUGAAGCUACCGCUGAUGACGAGGAGGAGGAGGCAGAGGUGGAAGAUAAAAUUGAAUUUGGUGAGGCAAAAGAAGAUGAAUCGCAAAAAGCUUCCAAUUUGGAGAUAUCGAUAAAGGAUGCUGUGGAGGUUUUGAAUGAAAAAACCAAAACUGAUGAAUAUGCUGAAGAUUCUUCAGAUGAAGAGGACAUAAGAAAUACUGUUGGGAACAUUCCAAUGCAAUGGUACAAUGAUUAUGAUCAUAUUGGCUAUGAUCUUGAUGGUCGUAAAAUCAAAAAACCAGCAAAAGGAGAUGAGUUGGAUAAUUUUCUUGACAAAAUGGAUGACCCCAAUUAUUGGAGGACCGUGGUUAAUAAGCUCACUGGUCAAAAAGUUGUUCUCUCAAAUGAUGAUGUUGACAUUAUUAAACGCAUUCAAAUUGGAAAGCAUCCCAACAAAAAUGAAGAUCCCUACAAGCCUUGGGUAGAUUUCUUCAGCUACGAAACAAUGAUUCACCCACUCAGUAACAGACCCCCUGACAAGAGGAGUUUUAUUCCUUCCAAGUGGGAAAGACUCAAGGUUGGUCAGCUUGUUCAUUCUAUUAAAAUGGGAUGGUUGAAACCGAAGAAGAAGAAGAAAGAUCCUGAUGAGGAAGAGAAAAAUCGAACAUUCUACAUGAUAUGGAAAGAUAAUGAAGUGAGUGAACUGGACAAACGAUAUCGGCAUCACAUUUCUGCUCCCAAGUUGGCAUUGCCUGGUCAUGGGGAGUCCUACAACCCACCUCCUGAGUAUCUUUUCUCUGCUGAGGAAGAAGAAAAAUGGAAUGAAAAAGAACCACAUGAGAGAAGAAUAAAAGUGAAGCCACAAAAAUACUCAUCACUUCGUCUCAUACCAGCUUAUUCUGAUUUCACUAAGGAAAGAUUUGAACGUUGUCUUGAUCUUUAUCUCUGCCCGAGGAAAAAAGUCAUGAAAGUAAAAGAUUUGGAUCCACAUGAUUUGUUACCACAGCUGCCUAAACCGAGAGAUUUACAACCAUUUCCCACCACACAAUCAAUUGUUUACAAGGGCCACAAAAAUAUGGUUCGCUGUAUUUCUGUGCACUUGAAUGGACAGUGGCUGGUUUCAGGUUCUGAUGAUUGCAGCAUCAAAGUAUGGGAAAUUGCCACUGGUCGUUGCAUCAAGACAAUUCCUGUUGAAGGUGUCCUCUUUGUGAAAAAAUUGCCAAAGACAAUUUUUUUCCUUUCUUCUUUUUCUUUCUUUCUUCUUUUUUCUUCUUUUUCUUUUCUUCUUUUUUCUUCUUCUUUUUUUCUUCUUUUUUCUUUUUUCUUUUUUUUCUUUUUCUUUUUUUUCUUUCUUUCUUCUUUUUUUUUUCUUCUUUCUUCUUCUUUUUCUUUUUUUCUUCUUUUUCUUCUUCUUCUUCUUUUUUUUUUUUUUUUUUUUUUUUUUUUCUUCUUUUUUCUUUUUUUCUUUUUUUUUCUUCUUUUUCUUCUUUUUUCUUUUUUUUCUUCUUCUUUUUUUCUUCUUUUUUUCUUCUUCUUUUUUUUUUUCUUCUUUUUUUUUUCUUUUUUUUCUUCUUUCUUCUUCUUUUUCCUUUCUUCUUUUUUUUCUUUUUCUUCUUUUUCUUUCUUCUUUUUUUUCCUUUCUUCUUCUUUCCUUUCUUCUUCUUUUUCCUUUCUUCUUCUUUUUCCUUUCUUCUUCUUUUUCCUUUCUUCUUCUUUUUCCUUUCUUCUUCUUUUUCCUUUCUUCUUCUUUUUCCUUUCUUCUUCUUUUUCCUUUCUUCUUCUUUUUCCUUUCUUCUUUUUCUUUCUUUUCCUUUCUUCUUCUUUUUUCCUUUCUUCUUCUUUUUUCCUUUCUUCUUCUUUUUUCCUUUCUUCUUCUUUUUUCCUUUCUUCUUCUUUUUUCCUUUCUUCUUCUUUUUUCCUUUCUUCUUCUUUUUUCCUUUCUUCUUCUUUUUUCCUUUCUUCUUCUUUUGAAUUCAAGAAAACGUUUUGUGACCAAAAUGUUUUACUGAUCAACCCUGGUAUCCUUGACAAACUCAUCGUGUCUAAUACUGACGACCUCUUGCAUUCUUAUGAAGCACAAGAUACAAGUGAUUUGAGUGAAGGUGAAUCUACAAAAAAAGUACCAGUGACAUGGGAAGUGUUUCAAGGUAAAGAUUAUACAAAUGGACUUCGACUAAAACUCACCCAUCCACAAGAAGUGAACUAUGUGUCUUGGCAUGCAAAGGGAGAUUACUUCACUUCUGUGAUGCCCAAGGGUUUCAGCAUGGCUGUUCUCAUUCAUCAAGUUACAAAGAGACGUUCACAGACUCCCUUUUCCAAAUCGAAAGGCAUUGUGCAACGUGUUAUGUUUCAUCCUAUUAAACCAUUUCUUUUUGUUGCUACUCAACGUUAUGUAAGAAUUUAUAACCUCUUGAAGCAGGAAUUGGUCAAGAAACUCAUGACUAAUGUGAAAUGGGUGUCGAGUAUGGCAAUCCACCCAGGAGGUGACAAUGUGAUUGUUGGUAGCUAUGACUGUCGUCUCAGCUGGUUUGAUUUAGAUCUUUCUACUAAACCAUACAAAACACUUCGUCUUCAUUUGAUAGUUUUUUUUUCUGUCUUUGUAUUUCUUUCUUUCUUUCUUUCUUUCUUUCUUUCUUUCUUUGUAUUUCUUUCUUUUUUGCUUUGUAUUUCUUUCUUUUUUCUUUAUAUUUCUUUCUUUCUUUUUUGCUUUGUAUUUCUUUCUUUUUUCUUUAUAUUUCUUUCUUUCUUUUUUGCUUUGUAUUUCUUUCUUUUUUCUUUAUAUUUCUUUCUUUCUUUUUUGCUUUGUAUUUCUUUCUUUUUUCUUUGUAUUUCUUUCUUUCUUUCUUUGUAUUUCUUUCUUUCUUUCUUUGUAUUUCUUUCUUUCUUUCUUUGUAUUUCUUUCUUUCUUUCUUUGUAUUUCUUUCUUUCUUUGUAUUUCUUUCUUUCUUUGUAUUUCUUUCUUUCUUUGUAUUUCUUUCUUUCUUUCUUUGUCUUUCUUUGUCUUUCUUUGUCUUUCUUUCUUUCUUUGUCUUCUUGUCUUUCUUUGUCUUCUUUUCUUUCUUUGUCUUUCUUUUCUUUCUUUGUCUUUCUUUUCUUUCUUUGUCUUUCUUUGUCUUUCUUUGUCUUUCUUUUCUUUCUUUGUCUUUCUUUUCUUUCUUUUCUUUCUUUGUCUUUCUUUCUUUUCUUUCUUUGUCUUUCUUUCUUUUCUUUCUUUGUCUUUCUUUCUUUUCUUUCUUUGUCUUUCUUUCUUUUCUUUCUUUGUCUUUCUUUCUUUUCUUUCUUUCUUUCUUUCUUUUCUUUUCUUUGUCUUUCUUUCUUUCUUUUCUUUCUUUGUCUUUCUUUCUUUCUUUUCUUUCUUUGUCUUUCUUUCUUUUCUUUUUCUUUCUUUCUUUUUCUUUCUUUGUCUUUCUUUCUUUUCUUUCUUUCUUUUCUUUCUUUUUUCUUUCUUUGUCUUUUUCUUUUCUUUUUUGUCUUUCUUUCUUUCUUUCUUUCUUUGUCUUUCUUUCUUUCUUUUCUUUCUUUGUCUUUCUUUCUUUCUUUUCUUUCUUUGUCUUUCUUUCUUUUCUUUCUUUGUCUUUCUUUCUUUGUCUUUCUUUGUCUUUCUUUCUUUCUUUCUUUGUCUUUCUUUCUUUGUCUUUCUUUCUUUGUCUUUCUUUCUUUCUUUGUCUUUCUUUCUUUCUUUUCUUUCUUUGUCUUUCUUUUCUUUCUUUGUCUUUCUUUUCUUUCUUUGUCUUUCUUUUCUUUCUUUGUCUUUCUUUUCUUUCUUUGUCUUUCUUUUCUUUCUUUGUCUUUUCGUUGUCUUCUUUUCUUUCUUUGUCUUUUCUUUCUUUUCUUUUUGUCUUUCUUUCUUUUCUUUUUGUCUUUCUUUCUUUUCUUUUUGUCUUUCUUUCUUUCUUUUCUUUUUGUCUUUCUUUCUUUCUUUUCUUUUUGUCUUUCUUUCUUUUCUUUCUUUUCUUUCUUUCUUUGUCUUUCUUUUCUUUCUUUUCUUUUGUCUUUCUUUUCUUUCUUUCUUUUUCUUUCUUUCUUUCUUUUCUUUCUUUCUUUGUUUUGGUCUUUCUUUCUUUUUUCUUUCUUUCUUUGUCUUUCUUUCUUUCUUUUGUCUUUCUUUGUCUUUUUCUUUCUUUCUUUGUCUUUUCUUUCUUUGUCUUUUCUUUGUCUCUUUCUUUUCUUUCUUUGUCUUUUCGUUGUCUUCUUUUCUUUCUUUGUCUUUUCUUUCUUUGUCUUUUCGUUGUCUUCUUUUCUUUCUUUGUCUUUUCUUUGUUUUCUUUUCUUUCUUUUCUUUUCUUUCUUUUUUCUUUUUUUUCUUUCUUUUCUUUCUUUUUGUCUUUCUUUCUUUUCUUUUCUUUGUCUUUUUUCUUUUCUUUCUUUUCUUUCUUUGUCUUUCUUUCUUUCUUUUCUUUCUUUGUCUUUCUUUCUUUCUUUUCUUUCUUUGUCUUUCUUUCUUUCUUUUCUUUCUUUGUCUUUCUUUCUUUCUUUGUCUUUCUUUGUCUUUCUUUCUUUUCUUUCUUUGUCUUUCUUUCUUUCUUUUAUUCUUUGUUUUCUUUCUUUCUGUUUUCUUUCUUUGUUUUCUUUCUUUCUUUGUUUUCUUUGUUUUCUUUUCUUUCUUUGUUUUCUUUCUUUGUCUUUCUUUCUUUCUUUUCUUUGUUUUCUUUCUUUCUUUGUUUUCUUUGUUUUCUUUCUUUCUUUCUUUUCUUUCUUUGUCUUUCUUUCUUUUUUUCUUUCUUUGUCUUUCUUUCUUUCUUUUCUUUCUUUGUCUUUCUUUCUUUCUUUCUUUCUUUGUCUUUCUUUCUUUCUUUGUCUUUCUUUCUUUCUUUGUCUUUCUUUCUUUCUUUGUCUUUCUUUCUUUCUUUUCUUUCUUUCUUUUCUUUCUUUUCUUUCUUUAUUUUCUUUCUUUUCUUUCUUUGUCUUUCUUUCUUUCUUUUCUUUCUUUGUCUUUCUUUCUUUUUCUUUCUUUCUUUGUCUUUCUUUGUUUUCUUUUCUUUCUUUUGUCUUUCUUUUUCUUUCUUUUCUUUCUUUGUCUUUCUUUCUUUCUUUUCUUUCUUUGUCUUUCUUUCUUUCUUUUCUUUCUUUGUCUUUCUUUCUUUCUUUUCUUUCUUUGUCUUUCUUUCUUUCUUUUCUUUCUUUGUCUUUCUUUCUUUCUUUUCUUUCUUUGUCUUUCUUUCUUUCUUUUCUUUCUUUGUCUUUCUUUCUUUCUUUUCUUUCUUUGUCUUUCUUUCUUUCUUUUCUUUCUUUGUCUUUCUUUCUUUCUUUUCUUUCUUUGUCUUUCUUUCUUUCUUUUCUUUCUUUGUCUUUCUUUCUUUCUUUUCUUUCUUUGUCUUUCUUUCUUUCUUUUCUUUCUUUGUUUCUUUCUUUCUUUCUUUUCUUUCUUUGUCUUUCUUUCUUUCUUUUCUUUCUUUCUUUGUCUUUCUUUCUUUCUUUUCUUUCUUUGUCUUUCUUUCUUUUCUUUCUUUGUCUUUCUUUCUUUCUUUUCUUUCUUUGUCUUUCUUUCUUUCUUUUCUUUCUUUGUCUUUCUUUCUUUCUUUUCUUUCUUUGUCUUUCUUUCUUUCUUUUCUUUCUUUGUCUUUCUUUCUUUCUUUUCUUUCUUUGUCUUUCUUUCUUUCUUUUCUUUCUUUGUCUUUCUUUCUUUCUUUUCUUUCUUUGUCUUUCUUUCUUUCUUUUCUUUCUUUGUCUUUCUUUCUUUCUUUUCUUUCUUUGUCUUUCUUUCUUUCUUUUCUUUCUUUGUCUUUCUUUCUUUCUUUUCUUUCUUUGUCUUUCUUUCUUUCUUUUCUUUCUUUGUCUUUCUUUCUUUCUUUUCUUUCUUUGUCUUUCUUUCUUUCUUUUCUUUCUUUGUCUUUCUUUCUUACAAAAUGAAGUUUGGAUGGAAUUUCUUGAAUUCUUUUCUCCUGUUUUCAGGCACCACAAGAAAGCCAUUCGACAGGUUUGCUACCACAGAACUUAUCCACUUUUUGCAUCUGCUUCAGAUGAUUGUUCAAUCAUCGUUUGCCAUGGAAUGGUUUACAAUGAUUUGCUUCAAAACCCUUUGCUGGUUCCUGUAAAGAUCCUGCAUGGCCAUGAUGGAUUCCACAGUCUUGGAGUGUUGGACUGCCAGUUCCAUCCUACACAACCAUGGCUCUUCUCCAGUGGCGCUGACAUAAACUAUUUUAUUCUUUUUUUUUCCCCUUUUUACCUUUUUACCUUUUUUCCUUUUUUCCUUUUUCUCCUUUCUUUUUUCCUUUUUUCUCUUUUUUUUCCUAUUUUCUUUUUCUUUUUUUCUUUUUCUUUUUUUCUCUUUUCCUUUUUUAUCUUUUUCCUUUUCUCUUUUUCUCUUUUUCUUUUUCUCUUUUUUCCUUUUCUCUUUUUUUCUUUUUCUUUUUUUCUCUUUUUUCCCUUUUUAUCUUUUCCCUUUUUAUCAUUUUUUUCUAUUUUCUUUUUCCCUUUUUUCUCUGUUUUUCCGUUUUUCUAUUCUCUUUUUUCACUUUUUCCCUUUUUAUCUUUGUCUUUUUUUCCUUUUUAUUUUUUCUGCUCGGCGAAUUACUAUCUAUCUAUCUAUCUAUCUAUCUAUCUAUCUAUCUAUAAAAGGCAGGAUUUUGUUUAUAUCUAUCCCUAUCCGUCCCGCACACCAACUCUUUCUUUCUUUUUCUUUCUUUCUUUCUUUCUUUCUUUCUUUCUUUAUUUCUUUAUUUCUUUGUCUUUCUUUCUUUAUUUCUUUCUUUCUUUCUUUCUAUCUAGUGGAACAUAUGAAGUUGUUUUUAAUCAAAAUUGUUUGGGAUUUAUCUAUCUAUCUCUACUCAUUCUAUCUAUCUAUCUAUCUAUCUAUCUAUCUAUCUAUCUAUCUAUCUCUACUCAUUCAACCUAUCUAUCUAUCUAUCUAUCUAUCUAUCUAUCUAUCUAUCUAUCUAUCUAUCUAUUCAAUCUAUCUCAUUCAUCUAUCUAUCUAUCUAUCUAUCUAUACUCAUUCAACCUAUCUAUCUAUCUAUCUAUCUAUCUCAUCUCUACUCAUUCAACCUAUCUAUCUAUCUAUCUAUCUCUACUCAUUCUAUCUAUCUAUCUAUCUAUCUAUCUAUCUAUCUAUCUAUCUAUCUAUCUAUCUAUACUCAUUCAAUCUAUCUAUCUAUCUAUCUAUCUAUCUAUCUAUCUAUCUAUCUAUUCUUUUCAUGUCCUGGUUCCUUUCUUCAUAUUUAAUCAAUUGGCCCGUGACCAGCUGGGCAAAUUAAAUCAUUUCAUGUUUGUAAAUAUGGAACUUUGA